UUCAAUAUCAAUGUUAUAGUUGCAUGCCUUUGGAUACCAUGACCUUGAAACUUUCCUUUGUCUUAAAUCUGAAAAGAUAAUUUCUUUCAGGGAGAAAAAAGGCAGGUUAAACCUCUUUGUAACAGAUAUCCAUCGGUCAAAUGCAAAAUGGAUUUGAGAUCCUCCAAUACAUCAAAAAGUAAUUUAAGUUGGACGUCAUGUCUAAGAUUAUUGUCUAAUUCAACUACCAGUCGUUGUUUUCCCAGUCUUUCCUCAAGUCCAUUCCAAUCAAUUGGCAAGAAUGUUAACAGAAAUUGACAAUUUGGCAAGCAAAGCUAGUGUUGAAAUUCUAUUUCUCUUCUAAAAUAUUUUGAUUAGUUAUUUGGGGGUAAAAAUACCAAUUAACAAUUGGAAAUAAGAAGACUUGAUGGAGGUAUAAUGCAUUUAGAUGUGUUUGUAGUGUAUUGAUUCCGAAUCUUUGCAGUGGAUGGAGGUGGUGUUAGAGCUAAAAGAUGCGGACGAUUGGAUUUAUAGAGGGGAAGGAGCUGCCAAUCUUGUUCUUGCUUACUCCGGAUCCUCUCCUACGUUUGUUGGAAAGGUACUACGCAUACAAAAGGCUCCUAGGAUUGAAUCUCCCCGAAACGGAUAUGAUAGUGAGGAUAGUCAUUCAGCUCUGACGAAUGAUGAGUGCCUUCUGUGGAGAGAAACUGAAGACCUUGUAUCCGCACCAACCAGGGAAAUAGCAGAGCAACUGUAUGUACAGCAUGUUAUCAGUCCACUGUUAGGUUAUGACCAUGUUGAUGCUGGGAAUCGUGUCUUUUUGUCCAAGGAAUUUCUCAAGGCGGUUGAAAAGAAUAUCCUUUCCCAGCGUCCUUCUCAGCGAGUUGAUGCAGCCAUGGUCAACGCUCAAUGUGAUUUUGCGCUUCUUAUGUCUGAUCAUUCAGUUUUUCCGUAUGGUAAUCUCAAAGGGAAAUUCUGCAUAUCUGUUGAGAUAAAGGUGCUUUCCCUCGAUCACGUUGUGCCAAAAUGUGGAUUUCUUCCAGUUUCAAGAUUUAUAUCGGAGGAAAAUGACAUAAAAAAGAGUAUAACUCGUUUUGAAAUGCACCAGUCAAUAAAAUUGCAUCAAAGAGAGAUAUCAGAAAUAAGCGAAUACAAUCCACUGGAUUUGUUCUCUGGAUCCAAGGACAGAAUGCAUAAAGCAAUCAAGGCUCUGUUUGUUACCCCUCAGAACAAUUUUCGUGUUUUCUUGAAUGGUUCUCUCAUACUUGGGGGCUUGGGUGGUGGGGCAGACAGUACUAGUUGUAUGAUUGGUGAAGCAUUUGAGAAUGUACUCAAUGGGGUAAUUCAGGCAGACGUUGGCCAACGAACAUCGAAUUUCUUGCAUCUUGUUACUGAAGCUAUUUCCGGAUCAGGGUUACUGGAUCAGCUUCUUGAAGUCCAGAAGCUUGAUAACAUUGACAUAGAAGGGGCAAUUCAUGCAUAUUACAAUUUAGUUUGUCAGCCUUGCAUUGCGUGUAGAGAUCUGGGUGGUGAAAAACUGUCAGCUAGAUAUGCAAAUUUGCACUCAAUGUCUUCGGACGAGAGCUUGAAGAUUGUGAGGGACUAUUUGAUAGCUGCAACUGCGAAGGACUUGAGCUUGAUGAUCAGUUUUAGAACCAGGGAAGAUCGGGAUGUGGAAUCUCCAUAUAAUGGUGUAUUUCUAGACUCAACCAACCAAAGGUUUGAAUACAAGGAAUCUUUUAUUGAUCUGGAUAUGAAACCUUUGAAGAAGAUGGAACUUUACUAUGAACGGGACCAGCAGAUAGUCAACUGCUACUCUCAGAUGUAGAAAAGAGAGGAUGAAGCAGAAAAGGCUGCAAGCUUUGGGGGUUAAGGAAUUGCAUGUGGAGAUCAAUCCAACCCUGUGAAGAUGCUUCUCAUGCUAGAGACCCUUCUGGUAAUACAUAGUAGUGACCAUCUUUAUGCAAAAACCAUCUGGAUGCCACAGAAUGUCAGGCGUCAAAGAGAAAACUCCUGCUAUACAUCUCCCCUUUUUGGUCCGAAGCGACCAUGAAUUAAAUGGUUCCAAGUCAUUGGGCUUAAUACGGCUAUUUGUUCUGUCAGAUCACGCCAUGAAGUUGGUUUUUCAUUACAUGUGGUCUUCUCAACUGGUUUAGUAAUGAUUUCCUAGUUCCACUGCCAAAAUGGAAUGGCAUUUACUGUUUGUGUUGGCUAAGGGAAGAAGGCAGUGGAUAUACAUUGCGGUUGGUGGCAUGAGGGAUCUGUCGGUGGUUCCAGUACUAGCAAGGGCUACAUGUUAAAACCCAAUGGGGUUCAACUGUAAUUGCACCUCAGUAAAUUUCAUCCCUUAUCUACUGUGGAAAUUCCUGGAAACCGAAAUGCUGCUUGAUUACUUGAGUUUUUAUCAGCAAUGAUAGCCCUCUUCCAGAUGGAGAAAGAAUGCUUCCAAUGAGGUCCAUCAUUUUGACAUUGCCUUAAAUCUCGGAAAAGGAUUUAUUUGUCAAUAUGAGUUUGAUUCUUUUCUGCAAGUUAUUAAGAAAACUACCCGCACAACCCCUACUCAAGAGUCAUUUUACAACUUAAAUUCAGUGAACUUGAUCAAUCCACUGAUUCAUUGGAUGAACCCAAUUUCCUUCAGAUUUGUCUUGAAUAAUCUGUAGCGAAGAAUCAGUAUCGAAAUUUCAGAGAGAGGGGACGGGUUAGAGAGAGGUCAGAGCUUCUGUCUCUAGAGAGUAGCAGCUGCCUCCCCCCUUCUUGCUUCCCUUCCCAGUCGGCUCUCUCUCUCUCUCCCCUCCAUGUUGUGCGGUGGUUGAGGCUCUCGUCCGCAGGAGAGAAGUUCUCUGGCCUUUGAAUCCAAUCAGCCAAGGGGACGGAUCUGUUGGUUCUCCAGGAGCGGUGGCAGCACCAGGCAACAGUGACUGCGGAGCGUGCAGGUAGAAAGCCAGCUAUAGUAAGAGGCUCUUCAAUCCAACAACUUGUUAGGAGUAGGUUUUGGCUUGCCCCUUUCUAUGUUAUUAGUAAGAUAGGUUUGGAACCCUUUCCCUUUUUUAUAAUAAUGAAAAUAAUAAGGUUAGCUUCCAAAGCUCCUUUCUUCAGCUGGUGCGCAAGAGCGCACUUUCGCUUUCCCCUUAACAAGGGAGUGUAAUGAAUGGGGAUCUCCCGCUUGCAGUCUUAUCUUCCUAUCACUUCACUUCGUUUGAAAAGAUGAUCUCAUCGGACCUCACUUCGCCGGGCGAAGGGGAAAGAAGGGAUGGGUGGUCCAGGAACAACAACGGGAGAGGGCUCGUAGCCCACCCACCCCCCACCCCUUCCCUCUACCCCACGCAGGACAAAAGGGACGGUGAGCUCCAGCGAUGAUAUGAUUCCUCCAACUUCCUCUAGCCACAUUCAUGAGCUGAUAUGUGGUCUCCAACAUCACAACUGUUAUACGGCUUUUAUUUUGUUGUUUAUGCCUUUUGUUUUCUUUUGUUUUUUUUUUUUUUGACCUUCCGGGUCCUUUGUUGUAUUUGAUGUUUCUUAGGCCUAUGGACCGUGCAAUUUGUAUAUAAUUUUAUCAAUAUAAGUUGUGUUUUCUCUAA